AUGGAUAGCAAAAACCAUACAAAGGUAAAUGAGUUUGUCCUCUUGGGAUUAGUGAACAGUCGUGAACUGAAACCACUCUGCUUUGUUGUGAUAUUAAUCAUGUAUUUAGUCACCCUGGUCGGGAAUGUUGGGAUGAUCUUCCUAAUCAGGAUCGACCCUCAACUCCAGAAACCAAUGUAUUUCUUCCUCAGCCAUUUGUCCUUCCUAGAUUUUGGAUAUUCCUCAGCCAUUGCCCCUAAAAUGCUAGAGAAUUUUUUAGCAGGGAAGAAAACCAUUUCCUACAAAGGCUGCGCUGUGCAGAUGUAUUUUUUUGUCUUCUGCGCAAGCACCGAGUGCAUCCUCCUGGCAGCAAUGGCAUAUGACCGGUAUGUGGCUAUCUGCAAUCCUCUGCUGUAUAUGGCUACUAUGUCUCCCAAUCUGUGUGCUCUGAUGGUGGCUGGAUCCUACCUGGUUGGCUUCAUGAAUGCAAUGACCCAAACGAUUUCCACUUUCAUGCUAUCUUUUUGCGGCUCUGUCAUCAACCAUUUCUUCUGUGAUGUUCCCCCGCUAUUGGCACUUUCCUGCACUGACACAAGCAUCCAUGAAAUGGUUCUCUUUGUAUUCGCCACAGUCCUGGGCAUUUUCACUUCAGUGGAGAUUGUGGUGUCAUACGCCUUCAUCCUAUCUGCAAUCUUGCGAAUCCACUCAACAGAGGGGAAGCGAAAGGCUUUUUCGACGUGUGCCUCACACCUGGUAGCUGUCACUGUCUUCUAUGGAACGACGGUCUUCAUGUACCUGCGGCCAAGUUCUAACUAUGCCAUGGACCAGGACAAAUGGGUUUCUGUCUUCUACACUGUGGUGAUUCCCAUGCUCAACCCCUUGAUCUACAGCCUGAGGAAUAAGGAAGUGAAAAAUGCCUUGAGAAGGGAACGAGAAAAGAUCCCAAUCUUACACGUCAUUAUUUAG